ACUAUAUUUGAAUUUAAUAAAAAAACAUUGCCUACUUUUAAGAGAACUUUAAUAAUAAUAAGUGCACGUAAUUUGUAUCCCGGAAGAUAUGUCAACGACUAUAGAGAGAAAAUGCAAAUAAUUAAAUAAAAUUAAGAAAGAAUGUAUAUUUUUUUUUUUAGUAAUUGAAAGAAUUGCGAAGUCGUUAUUGCUCUUUUGACGAUUAUCUGUUAAAAGAAGAAACUCAGUUUUUGUCUACUUUUAGCCGUAAACACAUGCCUUUAUUAGUUUCAUUGCCACGUUAUUAAAGUGAUUGAAUUACUUUCGCGAUUAACUGGACCGAGCGAUAGCAGAAGUGAUAUAAUAAGUUCAAACAUCUUAAAACUUAUAUCUUAACAAAAAGGAAAGAAAUUAGAAAGAAAAUAUUGCCUUUCAUAAGUGCGUGCAAUGAUUUUAGCAGCAUGCGUCUACCCAAUAACGGGCCUGCUGAUUUUGUGCACUCUCAGUUUUAUGGUUGCAUUGGCCGACGUUAAGGUCGCUGCACAACCCGUCCAUAGAGAAGGCAAUAAUGUUAAAGUGAUUUCAGGCGGAAAUGACGUUUUUACCAGUUCGUUUCUCGUCCGUUUUCGGCGUAAAGUAGACAAUGAUUUCGCUCAUAAAGUGGCCAGCAAAUACGGUUUUGAUAAUAUAGGACCUCUGGUUGGUGGUAAUGGCCAUGAAUAUCACUUUAAGCAUCGGACUUUACCCCAUGCCCGUUCUAGACGAAGCAUUUCUCAUACUCGUCUUCUUAAAAGUCAUCCACUGAUUCAUACUGCUACACAACAACCUGGUUUUAAGCGUGUUAAACGCGGUUUACGACCGGCUAUUUCAGCAAUUCAUGGCCUUAAAUUCGAUGCCAACUACCACAAUGCUCAGAACGAUAAUGCUGAUACUGAACCUACAGAUCCUUACUUUCAUUUGCAAUGGUAUUUGAAAAAUACCGGACAAAACGGUGGUAAAGCACGUUUGGACUUGAACGUUCAAGCAGCUUGGAAUCAGGGUAUAACUGGCAAAAAUGUAACCACCGCCAUAAUGGAUGACGGAGUUGAUUAUAUGCAUCCGGAUUUAAAAUUUAAUUAUAACGCUGAGGCCAGUUAUGAUUUUAGUAGCAAUGAUCCAUUCCCCUAUCCACGUUAUACGGAUGAUUGGUUUAACAGUCAUGGUACACGUUGCGCUGGAGAAGUAGCUGCUGCUAGAGAUAAUGGUAUUUGUGGUGUUGGCGUUGCUUAUGAUAGCAAAAUUGCGGGCAUACGGAUGUUGGAUCAGCCGUAUAUGACCGAUUUAAUUGAGGCUAAUUCAAUGGGUCAUAAGCCGCAUCAAAUUCAUAUAUAUAGUGCUUCUUGGGGACCGACAGAUGACGGCAAGACUGUUGACGGUCCACGUAAUGCUACAAUGCGUGCAAUUGUGCAAGGUGUAAAUGAGGGUCGUAAUGGCUUAGGUAAUAUAUAUGUUUGGGCUUCGGGGGAUGGCGGUGAAGAAGACGAUUGUAAUUGCGAUGGUUAUGCGGCUUCUAUGUGGACGAUAUCCAUUAAUAGUGCUAUAAAUGAUGGCCAAAAUGCUCACUAUGAUGAAAGUUGCAGUUCGACAUUGGCCAGUACGUUUAGUAAUGGAGCAAAAGAUCCUAACACUGGGGUGGCUACCACUGAUUUAUAUGGGAAAUGCACUACAACGCAUUCAGGUACAAGUGCGGCGGCGCCCGAAGCUGCCGGUAUUUUCGCGUUAGCUUUGGAGGCAAACCCUGACUUGACUUGGCGCGAUAUACAACAUUUGACAGUUUUAACAUCAAAACGUAAUUCACUUUUUGAUGCGAAAAAUCGCUUUCAUUGGACGAUGAACGGUGUGGGAUUGGAAUUUAAUCAUUUGUUUGGUUUCGGCGUUCUGGAUGCUGGCGGUAUAGUAACUUUAGCUAAACAAUGGCAUACUGUACCCGCUAGGUAUCACUGCGAUGCUGGUGUCAUUGAACAGCCUCAUCCUAUUUAUUCAGGUCGUUCGUUGUUUUUGGAAUUGAAAACUGAUGCGUGCAAGGGCAGCAAUACUGAAGUGAAUUAUUUAGAACAUGUGCAGGCGGUGAUAAGCGCUAAUGCUUCGCGAAGAGGUGAUUUAGAACUCUUUGUAACGUCACCUAUGGGUACACGUUCUAUGAUAUUAUCACGACGAGCUAAUGAUGACGAUCAUCGCGAUGGUUUCACAAAGUGGCCUUUCAUGACUACCCAUUCUUGGGGUGAAUAUCCACAUGGUGUUUGGAAAUUGGAGGCCCGGUUUAAUUCAGCGCAGCCUCGUUCGGGUUGGUUAAUUGAGUGGUCUUUGGUUUUGCAUGGUACCAAAGAGGCUCCAUAUCGCACAUUGUCUCCUGCUUCGCCUCAUUCCAAGUUGGCGAUUGUUAAAAAAGCCCACGAAGACAAGAAAAUGCAGUAAAGUUAAUGCUAAUUAGCAAAAAAAAAAAAAAAACCAAAACGUCAAAACGAAACCUUAUAUGUAUAUAAAACCAGCACUAAAAGGAGCACUCUGGCGCUCGUAUAUGAUAAUUGUUAUAUAUAUAUACUUCCAUGUAAUAAAUAUUGUUUAUACGUUGAAAACAAGUGAGGGAUAGUAAAGUCAAACGGUAACGGUAAUCUUAUGUUUUCUUCGGCUUUUCCGCGUACGUUUUCAGUUUCCGUUUUUAUUAUGAUUGAAUUGAUUACGUACUUAAGUUAAAUGUUGCCAAAGAAAGCAAGGUGUACAGGUUUUAAGUUUCUCUUCCUAAAUACGCUGAACAACAAACGUCUCUAAGUACUUUUUUCUAAUCAAAUUUAAAAGGAACUUUUUAUAUUAAAUAAGGCAAAAGGUUAUAGUGGGUGGGGCACGGCCCAUGCUCUAUAUCACCCUACAGUUAUUCAUAUAUCGGCCUUUCAAAAUAAGGCGUUAUAUGAGAAGUGGUCGCAAAAGUGGUCCAAUUCGAAUCAUAUUUUUAACAGCGUUCGCUGUUUGGGCCAAAAGGCGUCAGGGUACCAGAUUUCAACAAAACAUGUUGAAAAUUGCCGACUGAAGGUUGAACACAACAGUGCAAACUGAAUGACGGACAGAGAAACUCAGACCCAUUCAAGGAAGCGAUUUCAAAUCGAUCAAUAUACUAAAAAAUAGAUCUGUCGCAAGUCCUUCUGCGUGUUACAUAUCUUCGCACGAACAUAAUUUGCUCUCGUACCACAAGUCGUGUAAAGUAUAAUAAAAAAAUGUUAAAAACAAUUUGCAUUGAUUUUUUCAAUAUUCACUUCAAUAUUUUUUUUUUUUAAUCCUUUUUUCGCAAAAGUGCAGUACAAUAAAGGCAGUAAGCUAGUCAAGCAUAAGCUUCAACCAAAACCUUGGGCCAAACCAUGUCGGUGUAUCAAAUUUCACAAAAAUAUCUCAAAGAUUACAGAAUGUAGGUUGAAUGAAAAUAAACAAGACAGACGGGCGAACGGACAAGCUUCGAUUCUAAUAAUAAACGAACCUGAAAGGAUCGGCAUUAUAAAAUGUGAAUUUAUUUCAAGUCCUUGUGAGUGUUGCAUAUAUACGCGCAAAGUUAAUAUACCUUUGUAUCACAAGUGAUGUGGGCUAUAGAAAAAAAUAUAUAUAUAUGCAGAUGUUCACUAAACACUCAUAUUUACUAUACGUUCGUCCAAUGUUGAAAUAUUUUUUUUUUAUUUGCGAUCUGUUAUUAUUGGCAGUUUUUUUAUUAAAGAAAUUUUCACAAUUCGUAAUUUUAUAUAAACUGUUUUCGAAAUUCGAAAUCUGUCAAGAGCACAAUUGAGUAGAUAUAGGAGGCGAUUAUCGGACCUGUGUGUUAUGGUUAACGUUUCUAAAACUAAAACCAUUUCAAGUAAUUCAAGCAUUCAAUCAUUUGUACUAUCUCAAAGGAAGAAGAUGAGUAAGAUUUCAAGCACUUCAUGUAAUAACCCAUUAAAACUAAACUACUUUUACGCUGCAACGCACAUGAUUUUCUUUUAAUCGUAAUUUUAUCCACUAGAGGAUUAGUCAUUAAUUUAUUUUUCCUAAUAAAUCCAAAUGUAAAGAAGUGAACUGAUUAAUUAAGUGAGAACUUUUUAAGAUUAAAAUCUUUAAUAAUGUUAUCGUUAAAUUCAUUUCAGAUUCACAUCCUUAUGUUGUUUGUUAGUACUUUGUUUGUUAUUAUCUUUGGCUAGACAGUUUACUCUCGCCAUAGCUAAGUUAUACAUAUGUCAAUUUGGUGAUUAUAUGCUAUCCUUGUUAUAUGUCUCCUGAAGAGUAUAUAAAAUUUUUAAAACAGCACAGAAGAGCUCUAAAUAACUGUGAAUGAUAAAUACCUACGAGGGAAUUGUUUUUUGAAUUCAAGUUGCAUUCACAUAUUCUACCAUCCCCUUCUAUGGUACUAUUGUUAAGUAUUAUUUUGUGCAGAGCAGUAACAAUUUCUGAAUUCACGGGCUUAAUGGAUUUUAAAGGUCUUCAUUAAGGGCCUACAAGUACAACCCCCCUUGCAUUUAUUUGUUUCGUAAAUUAUAGAAUGGAAUGCUUGCGCUUGAGUAGCAUUAAAUAAUGACUAAAAAAAAAAAAAAAAUUCAAGUGAAUAUCGAACAAAUUAAUGCAAAUUGUUUAUAAUAUAUUUUUAUUAUACUCUACAAGACUUGUGAUACGAAGGCAAAUUGAAUUCGUGCGAAGGUAUUCACUGACCGAUUCGAGAAUGGCCUUCUAGUGUAUAGUGAUUCGAGAAUCACUUUUUCGAAAUGAUCUGGGCUUGUCUGUCCGUCUGUCCAUUUUCACUCUUGUGUCCAACCUACGAUCGGAGCAGUUUUUCGACCACUUUUGAUAUAACACCUUACCUCGUAAAUGUCGUUAUAUGAAAAAUUGUGGUGUAGUGCAGGAUAUGUAAUGUUGUGCCGCGGGCGACCAUAGUGUUUUUGAGUUUUUUAUUAAGAUUGACAAUCUUGUUUCAGUAUCGGACAAUUAAAAUGUUGCUAUAGGGUAGAUGAAGACGAAAGCAUGUCUUAAUACACAUGCACUAACGAGAAUUGAUUUAUUGGGAUCUAUAAAAUUAGUCCAAUUUUUAAUACUCUUCCUGCGGAUGACGUUUGUUAAUAAAUGAUAUAAACCGCUGAUGUUUAUGUACAUGUAAAUCUAAGUGAAUUUCUUUAGUCUAUCAAGUCUUUACUAAAACGGUACAAAAUCAUAUUUUAAAAGUUAUUUUAAUAAUCGCUGAUAGAAAUGGGAAUAUGAAGAUGAUAAAAGCUGAAAUCAUUUCGGUUAAAUUAUUUUUCUUAUUUUACUUCUUAUUAAACAGUUUGUUUUUUCAGUGCAAUUUCAGUAUUAAGUUGAUUUUCCUUUGGGGGCCAAAAAACAUUUAUUCAUAAAAAAUAAAAAAAAUACAAAAACAAGCAUAAUUUUAUAUCAUUUAAAAUAUAAAUAAAUAACAAAUGAAAGUAAUUUAUACAUAUAUAAAAUAUUUAGAAGUACAAUGUAAACGCCUGAGUAUACUGUUAAAGUUGAUAAAUAUUACACUCAUUGCAUAGAUGUGCACAUAUAAUAAUUAACCGAAAUAUACUAAAAAAUGAAGCAAAAAGAAAAAAACAGAAAAAUUAAGUUUAAUGUAAAAGCAAAAACCAUCCCUUCGUCCUAAAGUAUUGCAAAGAGUCGCAUAAAACCGCAUAAGGCCCUUCUUGCACUUCUCCGCCUUACGCAUUGCAAUAGAAAAGUAAAGAUUCCUUGCUUCCCUGCAAAUCUUAGAAAUCAUAUUUAGAAGAUUUUCCCCACUAAGCGUUUCAUUUCAUUUUUAAUAAUUCGUGUCAUUCGUCGGCUUUGUCAUGUAUAUCAAAACAUAUAUCGUAUAACUUGUCUACUUGCCCCGUAAUUACGGUAUAACGCGUUUGCAAUUCCCAAGAAUUUUUUUCUAUGAUCAACCGCUGAGGGGAUGGCCUGUGUUCGUGCGGGCACGGUUGCGAUUAAGAAGAAUUAUAGGAAGAUAGGGGUGGAGGGAAGGAAUGUUGUUUGCGAACGUUUGACUUGAAAAUGGAGGUAUUAGGUACGGCGGGAGCGACAACUGCUGGUAGGUCUUUUUCGCAACACGCAGUCAGUGUGUUUAAGAAAGCACGAGUAACAGUAGCGUAUCGUCCUCCAAGGCGAACGGAAAGAAAGGCGUGUAGUCCUGUUGAAGCACUUAAUUGCCGGACAAAUCUCUAUUGUCUUUCGAGGAGACUUGCUCGGAUAUACCUCUACAUAAGCACAACAUAGUCCACGUUAUGCCGAUAUCCAAGGUUAUCGAAAGUUUUGGAUACACUUUCGUCGCCUAUGAGCAGCUGAGUCUUUCGCUGUACGCGGUUGGCGAUCUACAAGCAAAGUGUGGACACUGCCGCCCAUACAUGCGGACUAUACUCUAAUUUUGGCUAGAUAUAGGCAGAGUAAAUGGUACGGAUAUCGACUUCAGUAAAGCAUUUCUUGCACCACUUUAAAAAACUUAAGGCCUUGGCAGGGCCUUUCGGCACUUUGAACAACUAUUCUGUCCAACAAACAUCAUGUUGUGUUCAUAUGCCCAGCGUAUCAAGGGUUGCCGAUUCUUCCACGUUGACGCUAUCAUGUGCGACGUGCAAGCUUCAGAGACCUUACUGUAAUAGUUUCAAUCUUUUUAAAUUUUUCGAGUCUUUCACGUUGCGGACAUAACGAAUGUUACAGCAACACCCAUUCCAUGAAUGUGCAUUGACACUGACAAAAAAAAUUGGUGCUAACGUGGAAGAGUUUUGUACGAUAACAAAAUGACCUAAUUAUUCGAAAACAAUUGUCUAAUGAAACAAAAGUCUAAGGAAAAUGGAACAUACCAAUGAAAAGUCUUAUGGUCUACGAUAUUAAAAAA